AUGUCUAAAAAAGGGUCUAAAAAACAUGUCCUUGACGAGUAUCCGGAAAAACAUAAUACACGCUAUUUCGAUAUUAAAAACGAACCAAUUACUCUCACAUCACCAGUUGAAGGUUAUCAACAUCUUCCAUUACAAUCUCUCGAAAUUGCUUGUCAAUCUAUUGAACAUUUGAUUCCUGACAUUCAACGUCGGGUAUGGAUUGCAAAAGAAAAUUGCUGUGACAGAGAGACUUCUUCUGAUCUUAGCCAAGAUGAACAGGGAGCAAUUCGGUUGUACACUAUGGAAUGGGAGCCUAAUGAUCAAUGCUUAUAUGCCCUACUCAAUAACACAUUGCGAAUAGAAGAUCGACAAAAACUGAAACCAUGGUUUUCUUAUCUAAAACUGAUUCUGACGGCACUCUUCAAGUUACCUUCAGUUCAUGCAACUGUAUGGCGUGGAGUCAAGGCGGAUUUAAGUAAUGAAUACGUGAAAGAUCAUAUUUACACAUGGUAUGGUUUCAGUUCUACAACAGAAUCAUUAAGUGUGUUAGAAUCAGAACAAUUUCUCGGUAAAUCAGGUAUUCGUACAUUAUUCAGUAUUGAAUGUAAGAACGGUAAAAUAAUCAAACCCUAUUCUCAUUUCAAGGCCGAAGAUGAGAUUCUUCUUUUACCUGCUACCCAGUUUCAAGUAAUUAGUAAAACUGGCUUGGGUAAUGAUUUAAACAUUAUACAUCUCAAAGAGGUGAAACCAAAGUAUUCAUUACUGGAAUCACCAUUUGAUAAGCUAAGAGACUCAAAAGCUAAGGGAGGCAAAACUGAACAAAAACAAAAGUCACUUAGGACAAUAUCUGAUGUGAUAAACAAUGAAAGUCAGUCCUAUCAAAAUAACCAGCUAAAAGAAUAUCUAAUUGAAAAUAGAACUAACACGCGAAUUAAUUUGAGCGGUAAACAACUAACCGACAAUGAUAUGAAAAUUGUUGCAAAUGAACUUCAACAGAACGAAGCUUGUAUUCAAUUGAAUUUGAAUAAAAAUAACAGUAAAAUAACAAUAAUUGGUCUACAAUAUUUGUUUGAUACUUUAAAAUCCAAUACAGUUUUGCAAGAACUUUGGCUUGCUCACAAUAAUUUGUCGGAUCAAGGUGCAAAGAGUAUUGCUCAACUGUUAAGCAAACCCAAUUGUGCUAUCACAGUACUUGAUUUUAGUGGAAAUCUUGUGACCGAUGAAGGUGUCAAAAGCUUAUCGGGAAUGUUGAGAAUGAAUCAAACACUCAUAUCUUUGCAUCUGGAUGACAAUAAAAUAACUGAUAGAGGAAUGAAAUUAUUAACAAAUGCUCUGAAAACAAAUUCUACUAGUCGUUUAGAACUUUUAUGGUUACAAAGAAAUGAAAUAUCAGACAACAGCAUUGAUUCAAUCAUCGAAGUGAUGGGGAAGAAUGGCACCAAUAAUUCGUUGUGGAGUCUAAAUCUCUCUGGAAAUCCAAUAUCAUCAAAUGCACAACGAAAAAUUCAACAACAAACAAGAACGAAGGGAAAUAUCACAUUUUAG